CGUCUUGGCUACGACCGGAAGUUUGUGUUGACAGGAAUGGAUUGGAAUCUGGCUCAAAAAUAAUUCGCUUUUUUUAUUUAAUCUUUUGAAAGUGUUAAAUAAUUUCCCCCCGUGUAAUUUCAUACUUGAAAAGACUGCUUGGCUUAGUGAAAUGCCUGGAGAAAUAACCAAAAUACCGCAGCCAAAAGAACACAAGGCUAAGAUCUGCCUGUGGGCUGAUUUAGAUGUUCAUAAGUCUGAGGAACUCAAGGGAGCAGCAAGUAUGGAAGAAGUAAAGAGGAUAUUAGCUGAUCACUUUACACUGACUGACUACAAAGAGAACCCUAGAUCUGCUGCUCUUCUAGAUUUGUACUUCUAUGCCACACAAUUUGCAUUGAACCAUAAUUUUACCAAGGAACAGCUUUCUGUAUUCUUUUCCAUUGUAAAGAAGACUCAUAUGGUUUGUGUUGAAACUCCAUUUGGAAAUGUUGAACAGUGUUACGACUACUUCAAAGAACUUGUUCUCUGUCAUGCAGUUUUGAGACCACCAUGGAGUGUCAACUUGUUUAGUCAUGAGCAUGUCCGUCUGGUCAUCGACUAUGUGGUGAAUACAUACUUCAGACACUUCAAGCUUUACAAGUAUGUCUUCACCCCACUUGUCAAGUUAGACCUCUCUAUAUCAUAUGCUGGGAUGCCAGAAGAGGAAGAACCACAAACUGAAGAGGAAGAAUUGAAAGCUAUCGAGGAGGAAGAAGAUGGGCCUAUGAAGGAAGACCAGGACCAGGUUACACCCGAAGGACAAGAAUUAGAAAAACCAACCAGUCCAGAAGAAGAGGAAUCGGAAACCACAAAGGAAUUGCGUAAGCUGAUCACCACGCAGCUCAACGAUGAACUAUCUAAACUGCGCAUCAGCCUCUCUGACCAGAUCCAACAGAAUAAUGACUCAUUGCAGAAGAAACUUUCUUUGGUUGACGAUCCAGGAAAUGGCAAGGUGGGACGUGCUUCCAGUAAGAGCAAGAAGAAAUAGCAUCAUUUAUUCACCAUGUCAGAAGUUGUGGACUGCUAUCUGCUAUAGGUGGACUGUUAUAAUCUGAUGGGUAUUUCUGAUAAGAGGAAUGUAUGUUGUUUUGAAGUCAGGAAGUUCAAUGAUAAAGUCUUUGUAUUCUGGAGGAACACUGUUGGAGGAUUUGGAAAGAGUGCAUGAGAUAGCUCCUUCCGCUUUUAUUCAGUUUCUAGAUCUUGUGAAAGCAUGGUACAACAUAAGAUUGCAAACAAAAAUAAAUACAAAAGGGGUUUGGUAAUGAUUGUGAUUUGUUCAAGUGUAAAUUGAUUCAAAGUGUAGAGCAUGUUUUAGGGAUCCAAAUGGCGUCCGUCUGUGCUUUUAUAGAAAGUGAAUAGUCUAUGUCAGGACAGGUUCCUGCGGGUGUUUUACGAAGAUUUAAAUGUGACAUAAAGUUAUGCUUAGUGUCAACGUGCACAUAUUGGGUUAGAUGCAUAACAUAGCAAUUGCUUUUGCUUGAUUCCGGAUACAUAAAAAUGAGUAUCAGGAAUUAAAGUAAAUGAUUUUGCAAGUGAGUUCAAGUAAUGGCUAACAGACUGCUAGCAUUUCCUUGACUAUUAAGCUAUUGCUAAAAAGCAUAUCCGUAAAGCGAACAUUGUGCUUAAGCACUUGCUUAUGUUUUUUUCAAGCUUCUUCAGAGCAGCUUGUUUGCUUGAUCAGGGUGUUUGCAGUUUUUAGUAAUGUUAUGCACCUGAGAGAUUUCCCCAAGGUGAACCGUAGCAUACACAUACAUGUACCUGUUUUCGCCCCAAUAAGUGCAAACCAAAUACCAAA